UUUGAGAGCGACUGGAAGAUUCAUUUGAGGAGCAUCUGUGAACACGCUGACUCGAUGAGUUCAGUGUCUUUUUCGCUGGUGAAUAAUCAUUUAAGAAGCUUCUAUCCACCUCAAUGAAGUGAAACAGGAGUAGUUCGCUGACUUAGUGACUAUAGAAAUAGCAACUGCAAUACGUUUAGAGGUGGAAAGCGUUCGUUCGAGACUUGAGACAAGUUUCCACGUAAGCUAUUAUCUUCUCGGAGACUCAAAUGCUUUGCAAAUUAUAACCGAGCACACGCCGAGACAUGGUUUCAAAGCAUGGAAACAGAAGACGUGACGGUUAGAGAGCAACUAUUUCACGACCGAGUCCGAGAAACCAUUAUUUGCGUGCUGCUUUUCAUUUGCCUGUACAUCUUGUCACACUUCAUUCUCACUCACUUCAAGAAGAAUGCCGAGUUUGUCGCCGAUGACAUUGAGGAUGCCACUGUCAACAAAAUUGCGCUGUGGCUGUGUACAUUCACACUCUCAGUGGCCGUGUGUGCAGUGCUGCUUCUGCCCAUCUCUAUCCUGUCCAAUGAGGUUCUGCUCACAUUCCCACACAGCUACUACAUGCAGUGGCUCAAUGGCUCGCUCAUCCACGGCUUGUGGAACCUAGUCUUCUUAUUCUCAAACCUCUCUCUGGUCUUCCUAAUGCCAUUCGCCUACUUCUUUACUGAAUCAGAAGGAUUUGCUGGGUCCAAAAAGGGCGUUAUGGCACGGGUGUAUGAGACUGCAGUGAUGCUGCUUCUCCUCAGUCUGUUGGUGCUGGGCAUUGUGUGGGUGGCAUCAGCUCUUCUCCAUCACAGCACCGCCCGUGAGAGUCUUUACGACCUGUGGGAAUAUUACCUGCCCUAUCUCUAUUCUGGAAUCUCACUUUUUGGAGUUCUGCUGCUUUUGUUGUGCACACCUCUGGGUCUUUCACGUAUGUUUAGCGUCACUGGGAGCUUAUUGGUCAAACCUCGGUUGUUGGAGAACUUGGAAGAAGCAAUGAACUGUACACAUUUUGAAGAGGCCUCUCUUUCCAGGAAGUUGAAAAGUAACACCUCCUGUUGGAUCAGUGCAAACGUAGAGGCCAUCAACAAGGAAUAUUUGAGUGUGAAGUCCAAACGUAUUGCUCUAGAGAUGAGGAAGAGAGUAUCUCCAUGGCAACGCAACCUGGGAUACCCAGUGGCCAUGCUGCUACUUUUAGCUUUGACUGCGGUGUGUGUGCUGAUGGUCUGUUUCCAUGUGCUGGAACUGCUCUUUGAUGAAUCUGCUAUGCCUAGAGGGAUGGAGGACCCUCACUUGGGGCUUGCCUCGUUCUCAAUGUUCGGUUCUCUGGGAGCUGCAGUGCAGGUGGUCAUCAUCCUGUAUCUCAUGGUCUCCUCUGUCGUUGGCUUCUACAGCUCUCCACUGUUCACCGGUUUGCUGCCACGUGCACAGGACACUACCCUCACACAGAUUAUAGGGAACUGUGUUUCUCUUUUAAUACUCAGUUCAGCCCUGCCUGUUUUCUCCCGCACAUUGGGAAUUACAAGGUUUGAUCUGCUUGGAGACUUUGGACGGUUUAACUGGCUCGGCAGUUUCCACAUUGUUUUCCUGUACAAUAUGCUUUUUGCUGGACUCACAUCCGCCUGCCUCAUCAACACAGUCACAUGGGCCUUGCAACGAGAACUCAUCCGUGCCUUUGGUCUCCACAGACUGCCUCUGACUGUGUCUCGUUCAACCAUCCCCCUCAAACUCCUUCUGGCCAAUGGGCUCUCAAAGAUUCAUUGAAGAGCGAUCAGCCUUUUCAUAUAUCAUUGGCUAUUGAAGCCCAUUACCUUCUGGAGAUGGUUCUGGAUCCCAUUCUGUGGCUUUCUCCUAUUGGACCAGAGCUAUUUUGCGUCCAUUUAUAGGUGAAUGGUCACCAAACCUGUUUACAAAGGUUGCCUGAACGAUAUAUAUCGACUGAUGGAAUUUCCGGAGUGGGUUUCUGCAACCAGUUUUAUGCGUUGUUUACUUCAGUAAUAUUAAUACAUAUAACUGCAUUUAAAAGGGAUGUCAAAUCACUGGACGCCUUGAACUAACGCCUUAUGAAAAAUGAACAAUGGCUUUGGAGGACUUUGACAUGCAUCCAGAAGAGCUAUUUCAGAGGAUGACAUCACAGCCAUGACCACGUUUCCUUUUCCUGGUGGUGGAAUGAGAGUGUUGAGUUCUGUCCUGGUGGGCCCCCCACGCUUUCCCCUUGUAUAUCACUAUUUUUAGUGUCAUCCAAUGAAUCCAAUCCCUGUUGUACUGUGGGUCCUUAUAGCGGGAAGUCCAUUAUGAUGGGGUUUGUCUGCUUCUAACUAAAGUGAAGAACCUGAGAAAAGGGAUGAAAGUGGAACAAGUGAGACUGAUCUUGGAGAUUAUAUGUUUGGUGUGAGAAAACAUGGUGGGAUUCUAGCUUGAAAAAGACACUUUUUGGAGAGUUUAGGUUUUAAAAUGUAUGUUAAAGUCAGACUAUGUUUGCCAUUGAUUUCAAGCUUUAGGCCAAGAAUACUGUGAAUGUUUAGGGAUUUUGUUCCUGUUUUUGUUAUUUCAUAUGUGAAACUUUAAUGUGCAAUAUAAUAUUCUGAAAUGUUAACACAGAAUUAUGCAAAUGUAACUCUACUGCCUUCCAGAAACUCGUGCAGAUGACCAAAAGAAGGUAUUUGCUUUAAGAACACCUAAAUUGGGCAAUAAGGUCACAGUUUGGUUAGUUCAUACAUUUUGGGUUGAAUUGUGUGGCGGGACAAUCAACGCACAUGGCCGUUUCCUGUUUCAUGGACACUACAAGAAUGUGAUUGAUAAAUGUAGACUUUUUGAUUCGAUAAUCACUAGUUUUAUAGAGUGCGGUAUUUAUGAUGUACACAUUUUAUUUGCUGAUUAUAUUGUUGUUUAUUCUUUUG